AUGAUAAACGGUUCCAGUUUUCUUGGACCUUCUCCGCAAAAACACGGCUCUAAUGUAUUUCUCGAUAUUUGUUGUGGUUCUGGUUCAAUAGCAAUUUGUUUAAUGGCCAGAAUUAGACAAUCAAUACAAGAAGGAACAAUUUCUGAUUAUUCAAAAGUUCCAUAUGGAUGUGUUGGGAUUGAUUUAAAUACUGAAGCUAUUCAAGAUGCUAGAAGAAAUGCUUCAGAAAAUGGAUUUGACGAUAAAAGUUGCAAAUUCUUGUGUGGACAAGCAGAGAGUAUAUUCAAAGAUUUAAAAUAUUAUUUGCCAACUGGUUGUUCUAUAAAGGAUGCAAAUAUGAUGGGAAUACUUGACCCUCCUAGAGCUGGAAUUCCAGACAAGGCAAUUAUUGGAUGUAGAAAGGUUUUUUUCGAGAAAUUUUUUUAUAAAAAUUUUUUAAAGCUUGAACAACUAAAAACAUUAAUUUAUGUUUCGUGUGACCCUCACGCUGCUACAAAAAAUUUUGUUGAUUUGUGUAGGCCAAUGUCUUGCAAAUUUGAUGGACAACCAUUUAAAAUUGUUGCUAUACAACCUGUUGACUUAUUUCCGAUGACUAGACAUUUGGAAUGGAUUGUUAAAUUUGAAAGAUGUUGAAGUUUUUUUUAUUUUUUUUCAAAUUUUUCUUUAUUGAAACCCUUAGUUUAAAAUAAAUUUAAAAAGCCUUCCGUAAAACAUCCAUUCUCCCAAUACCCGAUUAAGAAGUUUAUUAUGGGUGAAAUACUUGUUCGGUCCCAAAUACUUGAUAGGUAUCAUCCAGUGCUGUGUUUUGGGUAAAUAAUCAGAAAAAAAUUUUGGCCGUGGUA